AUGGCGGCGACAACAGCCCGGGCCAGGCGCUGGCACCGCGGAACAAUAACAGCACCGCGCCUGCGCCCGCCCUACCCCGCGGCCAACCCCCGCGCUCUGCGGUGGCCGCGCAACCAAUGGCGGGCGGGGAAAGGCGGGCCCGAAGGGGGUCCAACCAAUGGCGGGCGGGGAAGGCGGGGCCGAAUGCAGUCCAACCAAUGGAGGGCGGGGGAAGGCGAGGCCGAAUGGAAUCCAACCAAUGGCGAGCGGGGAAAGGCGGGGCCGGAGGGAUCCCAACCAAUGGCGAGCGGGGGAAGGCGGGGCCGAAGAGAUCCCAACCAAUGGCGGCGGCGGGGCGACGACCGGGAGGGGCGUCCCGUCGCCAUGGGAACGGCGGGCUUGGCGGAGCUGUGGGUGGUCUCCGGAAUUUCUGCACACCCAAAUCCUGUUGGAAGAUCACAGGGCAUUGUUCAGGUCCACUCCUCCCUCAUUACCUUUGCUGUGGACCACUGGGGCCUGGGAUCUCCAGGCAAGGCCAGGAAUGCCCAGCACCAAGCACAGACACAAACCAAGGGCUGUACCUCAGCUGUGCUGUAUUUUUGCCAGAGGGAUGCCUCCCCCACCAAACUGACCAGUCUAUCAUCACAAGGUCGGGAACACGCCGGUAAUGGCAGGACAGGGCUAUUCACUCAGCGCCAGGUGUGCAUCAUCAGGUGUCACCCCGUGCCCGUUACCCCGGUGAAGCAGAGAGAGCUCCCAAUUUUUUUUUUCCCCCUGGAAAAUGCCUUAGCCAGAAAGGCUAGGAUUUGGAAAGCGGCAGUUUCCCAGAAUCUCACCAUGAGGGGCACGGAUAUCUCUCUGUCAGGUUACAAAAAAGCCGUUCUCUGGAUUGCAGAAAUCAGCUCCCAGUUCCAGUUAGAAAUGUUCCCCUUUUCCACCAGCAUCUUCAAUAGGCCCUUCUUCUCCCUUCAGGGCCAAUUAAAAUAUCUGCAGUGCAUUGCAAUUUCCUGCCUUGUCCUUCAGCAAAAACCAAUGAAGAUGAGGUCUGUAAUACCAUUAGUGCAGAUGCUAGUGGUGCAGAGCAGAUGUAAACACUCUCCAGUUGAGAUCUUGAGAAUGGAAAGAAUUAUACUGGAUAAGCUUCAGUGGGAUCUUUAUACAGCAACACCACUGGAUUUCUUAAACAUUUUCCAUGCCAUGGUGAUGUCCAGCUGGCCCCAUCUCCCACCCAGACUGCCUCAGAGGAAUCCUUCCCUCCAUGUUGCACUCUUGACCAAGCAGCUGCAGCACUGUAUGGCCUGCCACCAACUUGUGCAGUUUAAGGGCUCCACGUUGGCUUUGGUGAUCAUCACCUUGGAGCUGGAGAGGCAGACUCCUGGUUGGUUUCCUGUUAUUACUGAUCUGCUAGAAAAAGCACAGGUAAACAGCCCUGAAUUCAUCCACUGAGAGUUUGUGGAUCAAGAGUUAUUGUACUUGCAGUCACUCAAUGCUGUUUAUAUUUUCUAUCCCAUCAGUCAAGCUGUGCAGGGCCAUCCCAAGGCAAGGCUACCCUGCCUGCAUCACCCUUCUGAAUGGAAGAGUUCCCAUCAAGGGAGGUUUCACACCUUUCACACUACAGCCCAAAUUCCUGAUCAAACUGAAGAAUGCUGUGAUGGAUUCAGACGUCUGAACAGUGAGGAUGGGGAAUCAACUGAGAAGGACUAG